ACGGUGACUGGUCUGUGCCUGAAGUACAAUUUUCUGCCUUGUUUAUCAAGUCCAUUAAAGAACCCUAUCAUCUCUCUCUCUCUCUCUCUCUCUGCUCCUUUCUCCAAACAUCUCCGUAUUCUCUCAUCAACCCACUAAAAAGAAAAGCUAGAGAAACCAUGAAGAUAAAGAACAAAGGUAAAGUAUACCCAUCUCCAUCUUCAUCUUCUUCUUCAUCUUUUCCUGUUGCUGCCAUUAGAGACAGAGAUGGGGAUGUUUUCUCUGUACUCAAGCUUCUUCCUGCUGCCAUUCUCACUUUAGCUUCUGUUCUCUCUCUUGAAGACCGUGAAGUUCUUGCUUAUAUGAUCACCAGGUCUAUGAAAACCACUACCAAUUCAAAUCCAAACAACCCAUCUUCUCUUUCUCAAGAUUCCAAGAAAAAAUCCUCUAAAAAGCUGUCAAAUGCCUCCUCCUCCUCCUCGUCCGCCUCCAUUACCACCAACCAUAAGUCUCCUGUCUUUGAUUGCGACUGUUUUGACUGCUAUACCAGCUAUUGGUUCAGAUGGGAUUCUUCUCCUAACCGUGAGCUCAUCCAUCAAGUUAUUGAAGCUUUUGAAGAGCACUUGACCAGCGGUGAACAAUCCAGGAGAAGCUCCCGUGGUAAGAGACGAGACAAAGCGGGUCGUCAGGUUGGUGAAAAGCUGGUUAUUGAUGUUAUGAGUCGAUCCCAAGUGCCAGAGUUGGAAACUCCUCCACUAGACACCGAUGAAUCCUCUAUUGUUUCUCCCGAUGAUGACGCCUCACCGGUUGCUACGCCGGCGAGAGCGGCUGAUGGGGAAGAAGGAAAGAAGGGUGCAAAGAAAAAUGAAGAGCUAACUGGUUUAGUGCCGGCGGAGUCGAAAGAGAUGGCGGUAGUUGCAAGGUCAUCACCGGCGGAUGUAAGCAACCACAAGGGAUUGGCAAGGAAGGUAUUACCGGACGUGUUAGGAUUAUUAAAUUCUCGUUUAUGGAGUCUUUGGAGUCCGAAUGUGUAGUGCUCGAAAACAAUAAUAAAAUGUUAUUAUUAAUAUUGUUA